AUGGCCAAAGAUGCGGAGAGCGAUGCUGAGCUGAGGAGCCAGCAAGAGGCGCCCCCAGGCGGGUUUGCCAAGUUGAUGCGCGUCUUCACAUUUGCUACCAACCUUGACCGCUUGAUUCAGAUCGGGUGUGCCUUUGCAGCUGUAUGCAGCGGAGCAGCAAUGCCAUUGAUGGCCCUGGUUCUUGGCCGCUUGACAGCUAAUUUCACCGACUACGGAGGCUCCAACGAAGAUGAAUCUACCGCCGAUUUCAUGAAGUCGGUGCAGACGAAUGCCCUCUACUUUGUUUAUCUAUUCAUCGGCAAAGUCACGCUUGUAUACAUAUGGAGCUUUGGCUUCACCUUUGCUGCAAGUCGUAUGGUGCAAACUAUGCGGAUCUCGUGCCUAGAUCGGAUCCUCGACCGUACCGUCGCUGCCAACGAUGCCGAAACCCCCGGGAGCUUGUCCAACACAGUCACUGUCCACUGCAACUCCAUCCAGGCAGCCUUGUCCGACCGACUCGGUAUCAUGAUACAGGCGUUCUCCAUGCUUCUGGCCUCGUUUGCUGUUGCGUUCUCGCAAUCGUGGCAGCUGACGCUCGUCAUGCUUGGACUCGUGAUGCUUACUCUAGGACUCAUUGGUUUCAUUGUUUCAAGUGACCAGAGGAUCGAGGCUGGGCUGUUGAAGCGCUACAACGAGUGCAGCGUCAUUGCUGAAGAUGCGCUUGGGAGCAUUAGGACUGUCAUUGCCUUCGGAGCUGCCCACAAGUUUCUUUCCAAAUACAACAAUAACUUGGAGAAAACAGAGACUAAUGGGAAGAAGCGAGGUCCUUUUGUCGGUCUCAUGUUCGCGACACAGUACUUCUUCAUGUUCGUUGGCUGGGCCAUUGGAUUUUACUUGGGUGCAUACCUCUUCACCAAAGGGAUGAUCUCGGACGCAGGAAGGAUUCUCUCCGUGUUCUUUUCGAUGUUGAUCGGUCUUGGGGCCAUCAUGGCUUUGGGGCCGAACAUGCCCAGCUUCAUCAAAGCCAUCGCCGCCGCCGAUGAUGCUUUCAAGAUUCUCGAUGAUGAAUCCAAACAGGGUCAAACUUCUUCAGGGCAAAGUGGCAUUCGAGAUGACAAGACAGACAAUUGCGAGGGUCUUGUGGAAUUUCGCAACAUGUCUUUCUCUUACGGCGUUCGCAAAAACCACAAUGCUCUAGAUAGCAUCAACCUCUCUUUUACCAGGGGUUCAUCUACCGCGAUUGUUGGUCCAUCCGGGGCGGGAAAAAGUACCCUUAUCUCUCUCUUGGAACGUUGGUACGAGCCCACCACCGGCUCUAUUCUUCUGGAUGGCCGUGACAUCUCUGGGCUCGACGCUAGAUGGCUCAGGAGCCAAAUUGCUUUGGUGCAGCAAGAGCCUCAGCUGUUCAAUGCUUCCAUCUUCGACAACAUCGCGUAUGGCUUGGUUGGAACUGGAAAGGAACGCCUAUCUCAGGAACAGAAGACAUCUCUUGUUCAUGACGCAUGCCGCGAAACGCGGGCGUACGAUUUCAUAACCGCAUUACCCGAGUCAUUCGAUACUGUGGUUGGGGAUCGUGCGUCGCUCAUUUCCGGGGGACAGAAGCAAAGAAUCGCUAUCGCACGCGCUUUGGUUGGCCGCCGCCCAAUCCUUCUCAUGGACGAGGCUACAAGUGCCCUUGACAAUGAGAAUUCCAAGGUCAUCGAAACCUUAAUGACUGAUUCGAAUGACCGAACCACCAUUUUCAUAUCUCACAAGAUACGUUCUGCAGUGCAGGCAGGUCGUGUCAUUGUUCUCGACCAUGGCAAGGUCGUCGAGCAAGGUACUCACCAAGAGCUCAUGGCCAUGGGUGGUUUGUACCGUCGACUGUACGAUGCCCAGACUGAAGUCAAACCAUCAGAUGAUGAAGAACCCAUAAAGCCAGCAAGUAAAAUCAUUGACCCAAAGAUCACGGAGCUGGGCGGCGAGCUGGCGGAAGCCAGUCAACCUUCUGCUACCAUCAAGCCCAGCGAGAGCCUCCCUCUGAUCCCCAAGCGCCAUCUUCUCACCAACCUCUUGGAGAUUGCGAAAGAACAAAAGCGGUACUGGCCAAUUUUCUUUGUAGGUUUCGUUGCCUGUGCCAUCACUGCGCAGAUCUUCCCAGUCCAAGCCAUCCUCCUCGGCAGGGUCAUGGAGGUGUUCCAGCGUCCAGCAGAUCAAGUAUCCUCUGACGCCAAUUUCUGGUCCCUAAUGUUCUUUGUCGUCGGCUUGGGCUCAAUGAUCUCCUAUGCCAUUCUGGGAUUCUUCAUGACACUUCUUGGGGUUCAUCUGACUCGGUUCUACCGUCUCGAGUACUUCCGAGCCGUCCUCCACCAGCCUGUAGAGUUUUUCGACCAGGUGGCCUCCGGAACACUCCUUUCACGUCUAUCCUCUGACCCAGCGAGCCUCCACGAACUGCUCUCCAUCAAUAUGGGUCUCCUCAUUUCCAUCUUCAUCAGCAUCAUCAGCGCAAGCAUCAUCGGUCUCGCUUACUCGUGGAAGUUUGCCCUCGUGGCCAUCUUCGCCGCGAUGCCCGCUGUCUUCGCCGCAGGCUACCUACGCAUGAAACUUGACUCCUCUCUUGCCGAAGAAAUGGACAAGAUAUCUGAGGACAGCGCGCGUUUCGUUUCAGACUCCCUCUCUGCAUUCCGUACUGUCAAGGCUUUCACCAUGGAGACGGCAGUGAGCGACAUGUACCGCAACUGCCUCACACUCUUUGCCGGGAGUCUUUAUCGAAAACGGGCUGUCAUGACUUUGCUUUUUGCCUUUUCGGAGAGCGUGGAGCUCUUGGCUGCCGCCCUGGGCUUCUGGUAUGGCGGCAAGCUUAUGGGAGAUGGCGAGCUUACCACUGAGAAGUUCUUCACCGUCUUCAUUGCCGUCAUUAUAGGCGGACAGGCUGCAGGGGCCCUGUUUGGCUUCUCAUCGAAUCUUGGUAAAGCAAAGGUUGCGGCGAAUAACAUCCUCGGUAUCCGAAGCCAGGCGCGCGCAGCUGCAGACAGAGAUCGGUCUAAGCAAAUAGCGGAGAACCAUGGCUUAGAAAAGGAAAUAAACACGGUUGUAGAUAUGCAGAGUGUUACGUUUGCUUAUCCCGCGCGGCCGAACGUGACUGUUCUUAAGAGCGUCUCGCUUCAGGUCCAGCGGGGACACACCGUGGGUGUGGUCGGCACCUCUGGUUCUGGAAAGUCAACGCUGCUGGCUCUCCUGGAGCGCUUCUACGAUGCUCAGUCUGGGACUUUGAAUGUCCUCGGCAUGCCCAUUUCGGCUCACAAUAUUGGUGAGUAUAGAAAGAGGCUGGCGAUAGUCCCACAGGAACCUCAACUGUACAACGGAACUAUACGUGAAAAUGUUUCCCUCGGUCUUGAUGAAGAUAAGAUCCAGGACGUAGAUGUGGUGGCUGCUUGUGAGGCAGCCGGCCUGGCUGAAUUUAUCUCAUCCCUCCCGGAUGGCUACAAUACCCAGUGCCGUGGGCAGGGGGUAUCCUUCUCAGGAGGACAGAGGCAGCGUAUCGCGAUUGCAAGAGCAUUGAUAUUACAGCCUGAGUUACUUCUGCUGGACGAACCAACCAGCGCCUUGGAUGCCGAGUCGGAGCAGCUUGUUCGAGAAACGCUCGGCAAUAUUCAGGAAGGGAGAACCAUGAUCCUUGUUACUCAUCGCUUGAACAUUGUUAGGGAUGCUCAUGUCAUUAUUGUCAUGGAUGAAGGCCGCAUUGUUGAGAAGGGCACUCAUGCUGAGCUGAUGUCCAAGCAGGGACACUAUUUUAAGAUGCACCAGUCUUCUAUGGGAGACAAUGCCUAG